AUGAUUCAUUAUAACUCUAUUGACCUCCCUUAUUUUGACACAAAUGCUGCCGAACAUAGGGACUUGCAUAUUUCCUUAUCUCGCUUAAGAUACUUGAAGGUGACAAUGCAAGAAUAUUUGAAGCUGACAGUACAAUAUGAUUCAGAUGAUUCAAAUGAUGAUUCAGAUAAUGAUACUGAUUUCGAGACUGGAAAUUUUAUUAACAUAUCAAUACCUGUGUUUUUGGUGGGUUUCAACUUUGGUUCACUGGAGGCUGCUCAAUUGGUUGCGUUGGAUACUGGUAGUAAUCUACUUUGGGUUCAGUGCAAACUUGAUAUAGGCGGCAAUAGGACAUUCUAUAGAAACUAUUGGCCUGCGGAGUCUUCAACAUAUUCUGUUAAUGUGAGGUGCGAGGACUUUUAUUCUUCUACUCCAUUGACAUGUAUUCCAACACCCACUCUCUGCUGGUAUGUAUUGAAAUAUUUGGGUGAAGUCAUUGUCCGUGGAAAUCCUGCAUUUGAACGAUUUAUUUUCGGUUCAUCAUUUGACAACCAACCAGCGCAUGAGUUAAAUCCGUUAUUUGGUUGUACUAGAAAAAAUAGCUACACAGACAAGUUCAAUCGUGUCUUGGGGUUUGGCCCUUCAGGAAUCUCAUUAGCUUCACAACUGGAUAGUAGUGAGUUCUCAUAUUGUAUUGGAAAUUUAAACGAUCCAUUUGAUGAAAAAAAUAUACUGAUUAUAGGGAUAAAAUUCGGAGGAGUUGAGUUUUCAACUCCUCUUAUUAUUAGAGAGUUUGAUUACUACGUAAAUCUUGAAGGCAUUAGUUUUGGGGGUAGGAUGCUCGGUAUUGACAAAAAGGAUUUGAGAAUGGAUAAUUUUAAAAGUGGUGGGGGUGCAACUAUUGAUUCAGGUUCAGGUUUGAGUUCCUUUGAAGAUAUUGCAAACGAGAAACUUGAACAGACAAUUGUUGAUUACAUAGGGGACUCAUUGGAAAGACGAUAUUUCUCUUUGGACAAGUAUAAAUUUUGCUAUAUUGGACACUUGUUUAGGGAUUUUAAGGGCUUUACAACAAUAGCAUUUCAUUUUGAUGGAGCAACAAUGGAAUUAGAUAAAAAGAAUUUGUUUAAGCAAGUAUACCAGAUGUGGUAUGUUUAA